AUGGCCUCCCACGGAAAGUACAUUCAGCCGCGGGCGACGCAAUAUGACUUCGCUGGAAAGGGGGGAAUGGACAAGUUCUUCGCGGUCGUCAAAGCCAUACAGGAGGAGACUGUAAGAGAAUAUCUCGAGAGGUCCGACUACUUAGUGCAGGAGGACAUUGAAGCUGCUUGGAAGGUUCUGGUGCCUAGCGGCGAGACAAGUGUGACUCGCUCGGACCUGUUAGAACGACUGUCGUACUACGUCCCGCACGCCGACAUGGGUACGGCAACGAACCUGAUCGGCGGUGGUGGAACUUUCUCAUACGAUAAGCUGUUCAAGUUGCUCUGGAACGAGCAGUCCAACGAAGUUGCAUUUCCCUGCAACGCGAGUACGGAGUCCUGGGCCCUUCUAGACUCUCACGGACGCGGCUCUGUUGGGCUGGACACGGUGUUGAGGAUGGUGUCCACUAUCGCGGGGUGUGAGAAGCUUGAACAAGAUGACGUACAAGUGGUACGGCAGUUGCUGGAGAUGACGCCCGAGGGCAAUGUUGUACGGGAGGAGAACUGGGCUCAGUUGGGCAGUUGGGCUCCCCGGCUGGAGGACCUCACACCGACGCAACGGAGGAUGUUGGCGAAACACGGGGCGGGGGGUUACUCAUUGCGCGGCACCCCCCGGUUUAAAUGA